CAGGCACUAAUCAAAUCUAAGGCUAAUAAUAAACGUCCUGAGUAAUGAGUGGCUUGGGCCGGAGCAGGCGAGGUGGCCGGACCCGGGCGGGCCCGGAGUGGUCUCCACAGGGCCUGCGGAUGGGGGUGGCCAUGGGUCAGUGCCCCGAAGAACAGUACUGGGAUCCCCUACUGAACAUCUGCCUCUCCUGCAAACUCAUCUGCAGCCAUCAGAUUCCACGCACCUGUGCAGCAUUCUGCAAGUCACUCAGCUGCCACAAGGAGCAAGGCAGGUACUACGACCAGCUCCUGAGGGACUGCAUCAGCUGUGCCUCCAUCUGCGGACGUCACCCCAAGCAAUGCACGUACUUCUGUGAGAACAAGUUCAGGAGCCACGCGAACCUCCCGCCAGAGCUCAGGAGACAGCGGGCUGGGGAAGCUGGAACCAGGCCAGACGACUUGGGAAGGUACCAGGGAACAGAGCACAGAGGCUCCGAGCCAGUUCCAGGGCUGAAGCUGAGCGCCGACCAGCUGGCCCUGGUCUACAGCACACUGGGGCUCUGCCUCUGUGCCAUCAUCUGCUGCUUCCUCCUGGCCGUGGCCUGCUUCCUCAAGAGGAGAGGGGACCAGUUCUCCUGCCAGCCCUCACCGGCACCGUGUCAGACCCAGGCCAAGUCCUCCAAGGAUCACUGGAUGGAAGCUGGAAGCGCGGAGGGCGCGUUGCCAGAGCCGGUGGAGACGUGCAGCUUCUGCUUCCCGGAGCGCAGGCAGCCCACCCAGGAGAGCGCGGGCGGGCCCGGGACCCCCGGCGCCGCGCGCUCUGGGAGGUGGGGGCGCCUCGGCCGGACCGCGAUCGGACAGCCGUGCGCGCGCACCCCGCAAGGCGGCCUUGAGGUCCUGUGCGCUCCUGCGGAGGAGGGAGGCCCGACCUCGUGAAAUGGGGGCAGGGUCGCCAUCACCUAAACACCUGCAGUGAAGUCAUACCUACCUGCUGGCCACAACCCCCAAGAGCCCUUCUUUAGAAAUAAAACUCUCCCCGGCUGCCCGCUCCUCCCUUUCUCUGGUUUUCGUCGUGUCUCCCCCGUGAUGACUCUGGACGUCCCACCCUUCCCGCUGCCACCACAAGGGGUCCGCCUGGUUUCUGAGGCCCUGCAAGCUGAUGGUCCCACCAGGCUCACGACCGAGCUCGUUGACCUGUGCUGGGUGGGAAGCGGGUGGUGGGGG